AUGCCUUCCGAUGCAUCGAAGGGAAGGUACGAGAUUAGAGGUGUCCGCUUUCACAAAUCUGAAUCGAAAAUCAGCAAUGCUGCCGCAUUUGUCAAGGACCAAAUGACCAAUACCCAAAUGCAAUUGGAAGGUGGUCUCCAUGCCCACGAGCACAGAGGUCGUCUUCUUUCUUUCGAAGGAGAAGUCAGCGGACAACGACACACCACCGAGACGAAGGGAACUGUCAUGACGUCAGUAGAAGAAGUAGAAGAUCUAGAUCAGAAGGACAGGUGA